AACUGGACUUGUCCCAUAAAUAACAACCAACACUCAACAAUUCGCAAAAGCACAAAAAAAUUGUUUGAAAAGUUGGUAUAUGCUGCCAAUCCGGUCUUUUCUUUUGUUUCUUUGAUUUCAUCGGCUGGAUUCCCUUCUUUACUGUUGGUAUAAUAACUCUUUCUACCCUCCCUUCAGCUGAGCUUGUUGUUGGAGAUUUGACUCUAAGAUAAAUCACUUCUGUUUCCUUAUUUCUAGAUGUAAACCAUGCUGUAAAGGUGGUGGCUGAGCAUCCUUAGCAGUUAGCAGCAACGCUGGUAGAUGUCACAUUGCCAAUACCUUUUUCUGUAGCUGGAAUUCGUGAUUGACAACAGGAAUCCUUAUGCAUCAAAACUAAACAAUGGACCCAAAAAAAAAAAAAAAAAACCAAGUUUCAUGCACUCACAUUAGUAGCAGGUGGACCAUGGCUAUACCUUUUACUGCAGCUGGUGUUUGUGACUGAAAACAGGAAGGUUUUUUUCCGGCUGAUGUGUGCACCGUGCUGUCUUGCUCCUUGACCAGAGCAUUGGUGGUCCUUGCCAGCAACUUAUCGUUACCUGUUUUCUCUCUUUUUGACUGGACUACGGGGCGUGAACCAAACUCAAAAGUUUCUAAAGGUUUGCUUGGGAAUGUGUUUAAUGGGUCUAAAAGUGCUUUUAAUACUAAAAAAAUCCGUUUGAAGAAAAAAAAUAUUCGUUUGAUAAAAAAAAAAUUAAAAGCGCUUUUAAGGGUCCAAAAAGCCUAAAAAUAGCUAAAAAAAUACUUUUGGCAAAAGUUUUAAAAUGAAGCUUUUGCCCAAAAGCUCUUCUGAAUUAAAAACUCUAUUUCUCAACACAAUCUCAAAUAGGCUCUAAGUCAAUAAGCACUAGUGCACAACGCUUUUGAAACGCUUUCCAUUUCCAUCUCCAGACUAAGGUUUUUUGAGACUCGGAAUUUUCAACAUUGUGGACUUCAAGGCUUGGAAUAUUGAACAACUUUCCGAUAGGGGAACUUUAACCGAUAGAAUCCAUCAUUCAUUUACUCCAUAAAAACUACCGGAAUGAUCAUAUAGGUUCAGAGAUUAAAAUCCUUCCAAUUUACGUACUACAAAGAGGAACAACGAAGAUGUGUUGUUCAAGAGAAGUUUUCUUUUUCUGCUUCAUUCUCUUAUAUCCUGUUGCUCUCACGUUUGCCCAGAAAGACCCCUACGUCUGCUCUAAAAAUGGUAACUACACCAGUAACAGUACCUACAGGGCAAACCUCAACAGCCUCCUGGCCUCCAUGUCUUCCAACACCGAAAUUGAUUACGGAUUUUACAAAUUCUCUGCCGGAGAAUACCCUGACAAAGUGAACGCGAUUGCACUAUGUAGAGGAGACAUCUCUACAGAAGAAUGCCGUAGUUGCAUCAAUGGGUCGAGUAACGAUCUCUUACGGUAUUGUCCCAACCAAAAGGAGGCAAUCAUAUGGUACAAAAAAUGCAUGGUGCGAUAUUCGAACAAACUCAUCUUUGGUGUCAUGGAAGAUAACCCUUUACUUGCCUACUACAACGUACAAAACGUGUCAGACGUUGAAGGGUUCAACCAGGUGCUAAGACCCUUGUUAGAUAGGCUAAGAAACCAUGCUGCAUCAGGAAAUUCUACUCACAAGUUUGCAGCGGGAAGUGCGGCUGCCCCAGACUUCCAAACAAUAUAUGCACUUUUGAUGUGCACUCCUGAUUUGGACAAGCUGGAAUGCAGCAACUGCCUGAGUUGGGCUAUCAGAUUUAUUCCACAAUGUUGUGAUGGAAAGCAAGGAGGGAGAUAUAUGGCACCUAGCUGUGAGUUAAGGUACGAGAUAUACGCUUUCUAUGACCCUGCAGCUGAGGAGGCACUACCGCCAUCCCCACUGCCAUCACCACCACCAUCCCUCCCAUCAGUACCACUGCUUCCACCUAAAGAAGGUAUGCUUUUGCCAAUGUCCAUGACAUGUAAUAUAUCUUGGAUGGUAAAAUUGGUAGAUUCUUUGUUCUUUCAAAACACAUUACAAGAUUAUGAAUCUCGUGUUCAUGAGAACCAUUAGUUCACCUUUCUCCAUAAGAGCCAGUAUCAUAAAUUAAUUUCAAGGGUAAAUUAUAAUCUUGCCAUUUUAUCGACGCAUAGGCAACACUUAAAAAUCCGCUAUCUGACUUAAUUCUUGGGUGGAGGAUAGCUCAAGUGCUUGACAUUUACUUGUGCAUUAGCAUAGUAUAAGCAUGUGAUUAAUUACAUGUAUGGAGUUUCUUCCCAUUAUUACAAAAAAAAUACACCACACCACGCCUCCUCCCUUCCUUGACCUCUAGCACCAAAAUUGCCAAUGGCUUUUGCAAUUUGACUAGGUAAAGGCGAUGUUAUGCCAGACGUUUGCUAUAUAUGGUUACCUCAAUGACUCUAGAUAUCAUUUUAGACAGUUCUUCCCAUCUAACAAAAAGGCAAGCAGAUGGUAUAGGAUAAUCAUGUUACACUUCUCAAACCGCACUACUUAGCCUCAUGUAUGUGAUUAUCUGUUAGUUUGAUACAAUAAAUUAAGAUCUCAGUCAAAAAAAUAUAAAUAAAUAAAUAAAUUCAGAUCUCAGAUUAAUCUGAAGUCUUAAGUCAAGUCAAUGUGUUCGGACCUAAUAAUGUCAUAUCAACCAUUCACUCUCGUCUUUACAUGUGUAUAUUCUAACAUCCACCUCCAUUGCCAUUGCAUCAACCAAUUUACAUAGAAAAGGCACACAUGCAUGCACUUAUGCUCAUCACAAAUUGUUGUACACACAUGUCAACUACGGUAAGUGGUUAGUAUGAGUGAUUGUGAUGUUAUAUCUAUAUUGAAGUUUUUAUUAGGGUACUUUUGUUUUUCCUCUGUUCUACAUACACAAAUUGUUUGGCUCCAAAACUUGUAAUUAUGAUAACUUUUUUCCAAUGUUCUAAUAAAAGCAGAGUCCUGGUGUUUGCAGGAAAGGAAAGCAACUCAUCUCGAACUGCAGUCAUUAUAUCUGUUCCUACUGUUGCUUCUGUUUUACUAAUCAUUUGUAUCUACACCUACAUCUUCCAUUUAAGAGUGAGCAAGCAAAGGGAGAACAAUGAAAGUAAGUUAGAAAUUGGUUUAUCCUUCCUUGUUUCUAAGGAUAUCAUUUCUAUAAGUAAGAAAAAAUGCCACAUUCAGACAAUUUGUGUUGUAAUGGUGUAUGUGCUGCUUUAUGUACUAAGCGAUAAUUGUAAAGAUAUGAGUUUUCUGUGUUACUUCCAAAACAAAAUGAACAAUAUUACAUUAGAAGACAUUUUUGUUGCAUUUGGAGUUUGGAAGAAUGGAUUUCAAAAGUCAGUAUUGUUGAUGUACAUUGUAGCAAUUGCAUUACUCUUCUUUGCACAAUGCACAAAUCUAAUUCAAAUGUAUAAUUGCCUUGUUCCUAUGAAGCAAUGGAAGAAAUCAGUAGCGCUGAAUCAUUGCAAUUUGAAUUUAGCACGAUUCAAGUCGCUACGGAGAACUUUUCUACUGCAAAUAAGCUUGGAGAAGGUGGAUUUGGUGCUCUUUACAAGGUGAUGUGACAAUACGAGUGGAAAAGCAUAUUAUCUUUAAAAAGAUGUUAAAUCUAAAAUUCUGAAUUCAUGAGAGUUGCAUAUGCUAUAUUAUGAGAUAUUUGAAUUU